AUGUCAUCUAUUUUGAAUAAAUUUAAGAAGUAGACAACUGCUGAUACUCCAAACGGGAUAAAAUUGGAAAAUACAUCUUUUGGUCAAUAAGCUGGAACUUAUUAGCCACCAAUAAUCCCUGCUGUGUAAUUAACCUAAUCUAAUUAACCGAGACAAAAAGGAAGACCAGGUGGAGGUUGGGAUGAUGAACCUUUGCCUUAACCAGAACAAAUUAGUGUCUCAACCAAUAAAGCAACUAACUCAAUUAAUUUAUUGAACGAUACUCCACCAAAAUAAAAUAUUGAUUAAAAAAAUAAUCAAGAUGUUCUUUUACCUCCUUAACCUGCUUUAGGGAAUAUUUAAUUGAGUAGAGUUACGGAUUAUAAAAGAGGUCAGCUGUUAACUUACGAGGAAUUAGAAUUAGGAGGAUUUGAUUAUGAAUUUCAUCUUGUAGAUGAAGCCAUUAAAUUAGGUGGAAUUAAGUUAAAGCAAAGUGAUAAUGUUCUAAAAGAGUUUACAAGAGCCAUUGCAACUAUUUAAGAAUAACUUAUAGGAAGCAUACUUUUAAAUAAAUUGCAUAGUGAAGAUAACUGGAAAGUGUAGAUUAGAUGCAUCUAUGCUAUUCAAUAUGUUUGUUAAUAGUAUUAAAAUUACAGAGAAUUCUUCUUAAUCAAUUAAUAAUAUCUGAGGGUAGAAACUGAUCAAUAAUUACUUUCAGGUGCCAUUGAUUAAACUUUAGCUGAAGUUAACGGUUAACAAGUUUAAAAGCAAAAAGAAUUUUAAUUUGAAUUUAGAGAACCUCCUAAAACAUAAUAACCUGUAUAAAACUAACAGACGAAUUUAAUAGAUAUUUUGGAUGCAUCCAAUAAUGACUCAUAAUAAUAAAAGCAACAACAAUAAAAACUUAAUUUAAAAUAACUAAAAAUUAAAUAACCAACUGUCUAAACAUAAUAAUAGCCUAUUGUACAAAAAUAAUAAUAGCCUAUAGUAUAAUAAUAAUAACCUAUUGUGUAGUAAUAAUAAUAAUAAGUAUAACUGAAAAAUACAUAAUAAAUUAAUUUAUUGGAUGCAUUUAGUGACAUUUCUUUAUAAAAUUAUAAUUAAUAAUAGUCGUAACCAACAUAAUUAUAAUCUUAAUAAUAGUAUUCAUACUAGCAAUAACCAUUAAUUUAAUCCUAAUAAUAAUAAUAAAAUAACUAAUAAUAAUAAUAAUAAUAAAAUUACUAAUAAUAAUAAUAGUAGAAUUAGAAUGGAAUAAGUUUUGAUGAUUUACUUAAUCCAUAGACAACAAAUCAAUAGUAGACUUAGCCAAAGAAAAAUGCCUUUGGAUUCUUAAAAAAAGAUUAAUAAUAAUAGUAAUAAUAGACAAUCUAAAAUAAUUAAUAAGUUCAGCAACCAAUUAAUUUACUCUAUUCUCCUUAAUAAUUUUAUCAAUAACCUUAAAUCGUUAAUUAAGUUCCGCAAUAGUAAUCAUAAUUUAAUUAGAAUCAAUCUCAAAAUUAUUCAAAUUAAUAAAUGUAUUCACAUCCCUAAACCCAAUUUAACAACCAAUAAUAAACCUAAAAUAAUAAAAAGGAUUUAAUUGAUUUUCUAAAUAUGUGAUUAUUAUAAUAUGUCAAAAAUAUAAAGAUAAAUGUCAUAUAAAA